AUGAGCAGUGAAUUGAGAGCGGAAUGUGCCAACACGAGCAGCCAAGCGGAGACUCGGGUCCGCCGACCCAAGAAUGCAUUUGUGGUCUGGGCCAUGGACGAAAGAAAGCGGGUGGCACAACAGAACCCAGGCCUUCCGAAAGGAGAGCUGAGCAAAAUACUAGGUAAGAAAGGGCAACUUUACUCCUUCUGUCUGACCAUUUUAUUAAAUGACAAACUCUUAUAUUUUAGAAUUACUGAGACAUUUUUUUUUUUAUUUUUUCGGAAAAUAUUUCGUGUAAGUUUGAUUUUUAUUGUUUUUUUAAAAUAUUUUUUGUUCAUGUUUUAUCUUUAUUAAACUGGAUUCUUAACUAUUAGUAAAAAUGAUAACUUUAAUAAUGCAUGAAAUGUUUAGUAUAUUGUUUCCCGGGAUGACAUUUAAUUCUCCUGCUGUUCUUAAUAAUUUGAACAUUUAUCAGCGUUCUUACUGAGAAUGUUCAGUGUAACAAUGUAUCUAACAGGGACACCGGGUUGCAUUGUAUCCACCAGACUGGGUUAUGGAUUUUAAACAUUUGUUACAAACAGUUUUCCACGAUCUCCCAUGGCUGAAAUCCUAAUUGUUUAUGUUUUUCGUGUCUCCUCUGCAGGGAAAGCAUGGAGGGCUUUAACAAGAACUGAAAAAAGGCCUUUUUUUGUGGAGGCGCAGAGACUGAAAGAGCAGCACACCCAGGACCACACAAAAAAGCCUAAAAAACGUAAACUAGAUCAAAAGAAGAAGAGAUCGGGAAAUGGAUUUAUUGGCAUAAAGGAACAGUCAGAGCAGACCAGUACUGAUGGGAGGAUGUGUUUGGACAGUUUCAGUAUGGGCUAUAACCAAGACCAGUCCUAUUGCCACUCUCAGCUUCCACAGAGCACCAGUCACUGUAGAGACCACCACUACGACUACAGCUUGCCCACACCAGAAGCGUCACCGGUGAAUUUGGCUGAAGCUGACUCUUUGUAUUUUACAUCUUUUGCCAAAGACGUGGUGCCCAAUUUAUACAAUGCCACCAAUUCCCACCAGCAGAGUCCAUGCAUCUCAUUAACUGUCAACCAAUUGUCCCAGGCUGAAGAGAUGGGCCAAGGUAGCCCAAUGAACAAUAUGAUUUGGUCCCAACAGCCUCCACAAAUGUAUUUUGAACAAUCAUUUAUAUCCUGCAGGCAUGAGAUGGUACUGCCAGGGUAUCUCUCCACACCCACCGAGUCCAUACCCAGAGUGGCACCUUCCAUGCAGCAUGUUGAUACAUUGGGUCGUGUUUAUAAAGCAGAGUUCAAUCAGUAUCUGGGCUAUGCAACCACGGCAGAAGGAGGGAUGUAUCAUCAUAACCAAUAUCGGACUGUGUCCCAUACAGAGAAUGCUUUAAUGAGUUCAGUUCUGCCUGAUGCUAGCCCUGCAACGUUCUGUGCCACCUAUUCCAACGAGCAGAGUUCUUGCUCCUUCAACCAAUUGUCCCAGGCAGAACAGGUGGGCCAAGGUAGCCCAAUGAACAAUAUGAUUGGGUGCCAACAGCCUCCACCAAUAUAUUAUGAACAAUCGUUUGUAUCCAGCAGGCAUGAGAUGGUUCUACCAGGGUAUCUCUCCCCACCCCCCGAGUCCAUACCCAGAGAGGAACCUUCCAUGCAGCAUGUUAAUACAUUGGGUCGUGUUUACAAAGCAGAGUUCAAUCAGUACCUGGGCUGUGUAACUAUGGCAGAAGGAGGGAUGUAUCAUCAAGGCCAAGACCAGACUCUGUCCCAUAAAGAGAAUUCAUUAAUGAGUUCAGUACUGUCUGAUGCUAGCACUGCAAUGUAUUAUUGUAAUAACUAUUCCAAUGCAUGA